AUGACACCCUCAGAGACUGCGCCUCUACUCCGCCAAGAAUCCACGACAUCGUAUGCCCCGGACGAAGAACACGAUGACGUUACGGCGACGCGAAACACCUUUGCUCGCAAUCUUGGUGCGCUGGAUGGGUUCGCGCUGCUGAUAAGCAUCGUCAUCGGCUCGGGAGUAUUUUCGUCGCCUGGGCCUAUCGAUGCGAACGUUCCGUCACCGGGUGCUGGACUCCUCGUAUGGCUAGUCGGUGGAGUUUUAGCAUGGACAGGUGCUUUGACAAUGGCUGAACUAGGUACCGCAUUCCCUGGAGAAGGCGGAAUCCAGCCUUAUCUCACCUACAUCUAUGGCGACGUCUUUGGAUACAUGGCUGCUUGGUCUUGGGUGGUGGCAACCAUGCCUGCUACCCUUGCUAUUCUCAGCAUAGUAUUUGUGGAGUCCAUUUACUCCAGUUUGGGCGUGAACGAACCAGAUCCGCCUCUCACCCACAAGCUAUUGUCUCUACUUGUCUUAGUAUUUGUAACGACGUUGAACUCCAUUAGCACCAAGACAAGUACUCGGCUGUCUAGUUUCUUCGUCGCCAUAAAGCUGCUUACCAUUUUUCUCCUUAUCGUAUCUGGUUUAGUGGUCGUCUUUGUCUUUGUCGGAAAGAGUAAGGACCUUGGAGGUCGCGAUUGGCAUCAAAACAAUUGGUUCUCUCCAAGAGACACGAUACUGCCCGAUGGGUCGAAAUUCGAUUGGACGAAAGUGACUACGUGGGAGUCACUCGGCUUUUACAGUACAGCGUUGUACGGAGCUUUGUGGGCGUAUUCCGGCUGGGACAAGGCGAAUUACGUCGCGGCAGAAUUACGUCAACCCAGUCGCCAACUACCACUUUCCAUCAAUACCGCUAUACCCACAAUCAUACUAUGCUAUGUCGCCGCCAACGCUGUCUACUACGUUCUUCUCCCUUGGAAGGUAGUGUCGACAACAGAUGCUGCUGCUGUGACGGCUGUUACCCACUUCCUCGGCAAGGGAGUAGCUUACUUCGCUACCGCGCUCAUAUGUCUCGUCAUUGCAGGCUCCGCCCUAGGAAACUCCUUCGUGGCUGGUAGGAUGACCGUCGCAGCAUCUAACAACAAUUGGUUCCCGCAAAUUCUGGGCACAGUCGGUCGCGUCGGUACUCUGAAGGUGACUAAACGCGCUGAUUCGAGCGAGGCAGCUGACACGGCUAUGGAUGAUGGAGAGUCACCAAUCAAUGCUCUCAUACUCAACACCGUUCUCUCAGCGGUAUACAUUCUGCUCGGAAACAUGCGCAUCUUGCUUACUCUCAAUGGCCUUGCUGAGUAUGCUUUCUUCUUCCUCACGGUUCUUGGUGCCAUCAUUUUGCGAUUCCGUGAGCCCGAUCUACCGCGACCCGUGAAGCCGUUCAUCCUCAUCCCUAUACUGUUCGCCAUAAUCAGUGGUUUCGUCGUAGUCAGAGGCGCUGUAUUUGCACCGAUUCAGGCAGCGAUCCUUCUGCACAUCGCAACAUCUGCCCAAUAUGAUGAUGGCCUCUAUCAAGCAUCAGCGUAUUUCUACAUCAUUUCAGACAUCGUAGUCGCUGCCAUGGUCGUGCGUCCCUACUUUACACCUGACAAGCAGGUGCUGCCAUUCGAAAGGGUGAUCGCACUCGAACGCAUUGACAACUGGACAUUCCGCUCCAUCGUCAAAGCCUACUCCCCGACUGGUGGUGAAAAUGGGACGUACGGCGGCCACGUGUUUGCGCAAGCCGCAUGGGCUGCUGCACAGACUGUCGCAGAAGGAUUUCUCAUACAUAACAUUACCGGGUGGUUCGUACUAGGUGGAAAGCCCAAUGAACACUACACCUAUCGCGUCCGAAAGAUUCGAGACGGUUACAAUUAUUGCACACGGAAUGUGACCGUAAGCCAGGUUGCAGCCGACGGAGAUAUGUUCACCUGUACCUGCUCCUUCAAACGCGAAGAAAGCUCACCAUUCGACAUGCAAGAGUCUGUUGACCUGAAAGAGGUGUAUCGCGACGCACUAGAAGGGAAAGAGGACGAUCCGAUGGAGCAUGCGGCUGCCCCAAGCAAUGAUUCUGAGCACUUUCGGGAGACGUACCUUCCAGCUCAUCCCGACCACUUUAACCCCAUCGCCGGCUUGCACAUCCGCAAGGCUGACAUGUCGAAGUACAAUCAGAGUCGGCAUCCACUCGAUCGCAAGCAACUGACCUUCUACACGCUACGCGGUGCACUUCCACUACCAACCGCACCAUAUCCGCCUCCCUCGGAAUCCGAGCAGAAGCUCACAUUGACACGAGAUGCCAAUAUGCACGCCUGUGCACACUUGUACGCAUCAGAUCGUAACUCGCUAUUCAUUGUGCCAAACCAUCUCGACCGGCCUCGGGGUUACAAACGCAUGGCGUCACUAUCUCACAGCGUCAUCUUCCAUGUCGGUAUCAAGGACCUCAUCAUGCCUAGUGAACCGCGGAUCGACCACCCGAACGCCGACGCGACAUUGUGGGAAGAUGGUCCGCUGCCACUCUGUAACCUGGAGGGACACAAGGGCGGUGAUAAGGACGGACGAAAAUGGUUUGUGCAAGAAGCGUGGCUUACUCGAGCUACGGGAGGUAGAGCGCUACAUAAUAGCCGUAUGUGGGACUAUGAGAGUGGCGUACAUAUUGCGACGACCUUCCAGGAUGGAUUGAUUAGGUUUAAAGAGGAUGCAAAAAUCUGA